AUGGCCUAUAGCAUUUCAAAAGAUGCACAAUAACUAUUAUGUGAGAUCAUUAAUCAAAUAAGCCUAACUGAGAGGAGAGCAGAACAAAUAAGAAUAUAAUUAUGCAGAAAAACUAGUUUUAAUCCAUACGCUUGUUUCAAAAGAUUAGAUUCAAUGAAUACAAAUUAGAUUAAGCCUGAAUAAGUAGUACAACUUUUGAAAGAAAAUGAUUUUUUCGUAUAGGAGCUCAAUACAUUGUUUAAUAAAACAUUUUUGAAGGAGUUUCUUAAUUAUCAAGGCUUUCUAAACAUAAUAUUACCAAAAACUGAUGGCGAAUUGAGAGAGAUCACAGCUAUGAAACAGCCAACAAAAGCAGUAUUAGAAAAAUCGAUCGAUUACACAUUAGCUUAAUUAUUCAAUUUAGAAUAUAAUGAAGCAAUAAACCUAGAGAGAUUGAAAACCAGACUUGGUAAUUACUACAAUCCAGAUUAAAUGUUUUAGAGUAUGGAUUCACUAAAUAACAAUAUCCUUAAUUUUAAGGAUUUUGAUCGAUUUUUUAGAAGAAAUGGAUUAUUGUUAUACGAAGAAGAAUUAAUAGCAUUUUUUUAUCGAGUAGAUAAAUAAAGAACAGGAUAGAUUACUUUGAAUGACUUCCGUCGAAUGUUAGAACCUCUACAAAAAGCAGAAUAGCAGCCUAAUUCCAAUAAUGCUCUAUAAACUCCUAAAUAGACCGUUAUCUCCUAACCUAAGAGUUCGAACAUCUUUAUUGAUGAAUUAGGUAGUAGCAAUAAAGCUGGUCAAAUUGUUUAAUCCAGAAACCUUUCAGCUAGCAACAAAAAGAAAUUUUAGUCUAAUAGAAGAGCCUCGUCCAUUACAGAGAGUCUAUAAACAACAAAAUUAACGGAGAAUUUCUUAAAUGAUGAAUAAAGAUUUAUUGAUUUAGGGUUGGAAGUCUUGAAAUUGGAAAUGUAUUUAGAAGAAAUAAAGUUGAAGUUAUAGUAAUAAAAAGACUUCAAUUCUAUGGAUUUCUUUCAUUUUAUGGAUUUGAAAAACAAAGGCAAAGUAAAUCAACAUGAAUUUGCUUAUUUUUUGGAAUUAUUAUAACUCUAAAACUUAGACGUGAUUGAGUUAUUUAAUUUCUUAGAUAAAGAUUAAGAUGGAUUUAUUAGAUAUUCAGAUGUCUCUGAAUUUAUCUCUCCUUCAAAUAUGAGCUCAACCUACAUUUGUAAGAAACCAGCUAAAAACAGUCUUCUCUCUUAUUCACUCUCAUAAUUAUUCUCUAAAACAACGAUUGGAUUCAUUCAGUUGUUGUUUAAUUAAUGGAAUGAAAAUGAAAUAGUAAUUAGGCUAAAAAAAAAAUAAUUCUUGAAUGAGUAAAAUCUUUUUUAAAUAUUUAACAAACUUGAUCCUUUCAAAAAGGGCACCUUCAAUCGAUAAGAUCUUCAACGUUUUUUUGAACUUUAUAAUGUUAAAGACGAUAUUAAAUUGUUGUAUAAACGAUUGGGAAAACUUAAUAAGGAGAUUAAUUAUAAGGAAUUUGAAUUAUUUUUUAUUAACUGA